UCUGCAGCAGCUUUGGAGGAUUUUUGGAUGUUUUUUGGGACUUAUUUGUCACCCAGACUCCUGAUUUCCUGUUUUUUCGCGGCUCCAGCUGGGAGUAAAAGACGGCUGGAUGGCUGUCUGCUGGUGGCUGUUGAUCCUCUUCACUUCCUCCUCGGCUCACAGUGACUUCUUCACCUCCAUCGGUCACAUGACUGACCUGCUGUCCACAGAGAAGGACUUGGUCUCCUCCCUGAAGGAUUACAUCAGAGCCGAGGAGACCAAGCUGGAGCAGAUCAAACAAUGGGCUGAGAAGCUGGACGUCCUCUCAGCAGCAGCCUCUCAGGACCCUGAAGGUUUUCUGGGUCAUCCUGUAAACGCCUUCAAACUGAUGAAGAGACUCAACACAGAGUGGGGAGACCUGGAGAGCCUGGUGCUCACUGACAUGUCUGAUGUGUUCAUCUCCAACCUCACCGUGCAGAGGCAGCACUUCCCCAACGAUGACGACCAGAUCGGAGCCGCCAAAGCUCUGAUACGCCUGCAGGACACGUACAAGCUGGACACCGACGUCAUGGCCAGCGGACGCCUGCCAGGCGCUCCCUCGGCCGUCUCUCUCCACAGCUCUCUGUCGGUGGACGACUGCUACGACCUCGGUAAGGUGGCGUACUCGGAGGCCGACUACCACCACACGGAGCUGUGGAUGACUCAGGCGCUGACGCAGCUGGACCGCGGCGAAGCGUCCGUCGCCGUGGAUACCGUCACCAUCCUGGACUACCUGAGCUACUCCGUCUACCAGCAGGGGGCGCUGGAGAGAGCGCUGGAGUUCACCAGGAGGCUGCUGGAGCUCGACCCGGCCCACCAGAGAGCCAACGGGAACCUGAAGUACUUCGAGUACCAGCUGGAGAAACAGAGGAAGGCGGAGCGGAGCGACGGCGAGGCGAAGCAGACGAGAGAAGCACGGAGUCAACCUGACGAUUAUCUUCCUGAGAGGAGAACGUACGAACAGCUGUGCAGAGGAGAAGGGAUCAGGAUGACCCCCCGCAGGCAGAGCCGCCUCUUCUGCCGUUACUAUGACAACAACCGCCACCCGAGGUACGUGAUUGGUCCGGUGAGGCAGGAGGACGAGUGGGACCGCCCCCACAUCGUCCGCUAUCACGACAUCGUGACGGACACAGAGAUCGAGAAAGUCAAAGAGCUCGCCAAACCCAGGCUGCGUCGAGCCACCAUCUCCAACCCUGUAACCGGUGUGCUGGAGACGGCCCACUACCGCAUCAGCAAGAGCGCUUGGCUCGGAGCGUACGAGCAUCCAGUCGUCGAUCAGAUCAACCAGAGGAUCCAGGACAUCACCGGCCUGGACGUCAGCACCGCAGAGGACCUGCAGGUGGCGAACUACGGCGUCGGAGGACAGUAUGAACCACACUUUGAUUUUGGACGGAAAGACGAACCCGACGCGUUUGAAGAGUUGGGGACAGGAAACAGAAUCGCUACCUGGCUGCUUUACAUGAGUGAUGUGCAGGCAGGGGGCGCCACUGUCUUCACUGAUAUAGGAGCGUCUGUGUGGCCCAUAAAGGGGACCGCCGUGUUCUGGUUCAAUCUGUAUCCCAGCGGAGAAGGAGACUAUCGGACCAGACACGCUGCCUGUCCGGUUCUGGUUGGAAACAAGUGGGUAUCUAAUAAAUGGAUCCAUGAGCGAGGGCAGGAGUUCAGGAGACGCUGCAGCCUUCUGGAGAGCGAAUGACCUCCUCCUCCUCCUCCCUCUUCCUCCUCCUCCCUCUUCCUCCUCUUCAGGCAGGCUGCUGAGUCUGCGGCUGCACAUGUGAUCUGAUGCUUUUAUUUUUAUCUGAAGACUGUGUGUGUGUGUGUGUGUGUGUGUGUGUGCAUGUGUGUGUGCGUGUGUGUGUGUGCCUUUAUAUCUGCAGCACUGGUCUCAUUUUAAAGUGAACAUUGUCACACAUGAGUAUUUAAAACAGAUGAGCUGGUGGAUGAAUCCGUCCCGUGUCUGGUCUGAUGUGUUAAAGUCCGUCACUGGUUUUAAACACUCCGCUCUAUCAUACUCCCGUUACCAUGACGACUGCUACAGCCUCUUUAACCGCCUUUAACUUUUUUUUUUUUUUGGUUUUCUUUAACGUUAUUAUAUCCGUUGCUCGUUACACUGUGUUACCUUCUGCCUUUAACGCACACGCACACUGGUCAUUAUCACACUGCUGUGAUCUCAUGAGAAUCUGGUGACUUCUUGACCUCUGCUGUAGCGCCCCCCGCAGGUCAAGAUGCUCACUUUGGUGAACUCUUGAUCUCGGCUAUAGCGCCCCCCGCAGGUCAAGAUGCUCACUUUGGUGAACUCUUGAUCUCGGCUGUAGCGCCCCCCGCAGGUCAAGAUGCUCGCCUUGGUGAACUCUUGAUCUCGGCUGUAGCGCCCCCCGCAGGUCAAGAUGCUCGCCUUGGUGAACUCUUGAUCUCUCCUGUAGCGCCCCCCGCAGGUCAAGAUGCUCGCCUUGGUGAACUCUUGAUCUCGGCUAUAGCGCCCCCCGCAGGUCAAGAUGCUCCCCUUGGUGAACUCUUGAUCUCGGCUGUAGCGCCACCCGCAGGUCAAGAUGC